AUGAAGACAUCCGGUAUUGUCUCAAUCGCUGCAGCUGCGCUCAGCGGCCUUCUCUUCACAACGCCAGUGGCGGCGGCGGAUCUUCCUCCCAUCAUCAUCAAGGGAUCUCAUUUCUUCUAUGAAAAUGGCACAGAGUUCUUCAUUCGUGGUGUCGCCUAUCAACAAGACAUCAACGGGAACGGAACCACAUCGGCUAAUGGCUUGUUCACGGAUCCCCUGGCCGAUGCCGCUGGGUGUACUCGAGAUGUACCUCUAUUGAAGGAAUUGGGUACAAACGUCAUCCGCGUGUAUGCCAUCGACCCCACGAAAGACCAUAAGACAUGCAUGAACCUUCUUCAGGAAAGUGGAAUCUACGUUAUCCAGGAUCUUUCCAACCCAGUCCAGUCAAUCAUUCGAGAUGCUCCUGAGUGGAACACCGAACUAUUUGCCAGCUAUGCAGCGGUCAUCGACGAGAUGGCUCCGUAUACGAACACCCUUGGCUUCUUCGCUGGCAACGAGGUUUCAAACGACGUUAAUAACACCAAUGCUAGCGCUUUCGUGAAGGCUGCAGUCCGCGAUAUGAAAGCAUACAUCAAAACGAAGAACUACAGGACCAUCGGCGUAGGAUAUGCCACCAAUGACGAUGGCAUCAUCCGUACCAGCCUAGCCAAUUACUUCAACUGCGGCAAUCGCUCCGACUCAAUCGAUUUCUGGGGUUACAAUAUCUAUUCUUGGUGCGGUGAAUCCUCGUUCACUGCCUCGGGAUACGAUCAGAGGACUCUCGAGUUCGCAAACUACUCUGUCCCUGCGUUCUUUGCGGAAUACGGCUGCAACCAGGUCAAGCCCCGUCCGUUUACUGAGGUUCAGGCACUUUAUGGCCCCAACAUGACGGGAGUCUGGUCUGGCGGCAUUGUCUACAUGUAUUUCCAGGAGGCAAAUGAGUUUGGUCUUGUUACAGUAUCCGGCGGCAAGGCCACCAAGCUACCUGACUUCACAGCAUUAUCCAAGCAAUUAGCCUCCGUGACCGCAAAAUCAACCGCUAUGGCAGCCUACCAAGUAACCAACACAGCCGCCCAAGCCUGCCCAGCAACCGGCACAGCCUGGGCAGCAGCCCGCGCUCUCCCACCCAUCGCCAACGCCGACGUAUGCAGCUGCAUGGUCUCAUCACUCAGCUGCGUCCCCAGCAGCGGAAUGAGCGGCAACGCCACCGCCCAAAUGUUCAGCACCGUCUGCGGACUCUCCAAAAAAGCAUGCGAAGGCAUCACCGCCAAUGCAACCACGGGCGUCUACGGCGCCUAUUCCAUGUGCUCUGCCACUCAAAAACUAUCCUUCGCUUUCGACCAAUACUACCAAAGCCAGGGCAAAGCAUCCACGGCCUGUAAUUUCGAUGGGAAAGCAAAAAUCGUUUCCCCGUCUGUAAGCUCGUCGUGUAAACCUCUCAUCAACCAAGCGGGCGUUGAGGGAACUGGCACUGUUACAACAGCACCUACUGGCACGGGAUCCCCCAGUGGAUCAUCGAACUCGAACUCGAGCUCGGGAUCUGGAUCGUCGAAAAACAGCGCAGCUGGCGCUUUGAGAGUGCCUGGGUCUGAUCUUAGAAUGCUGCAACUGGGAGCCUGUGUUUUGGUUGCGGGGAUAGCUGGUGUGGGCGUGACAUUGUUGUAA